GUAUACACCGACACCUACUCGGCCGCAUACGUGGUGGGACAGUUCGGAAGGUGUUGACCAGUGCGGUCCUGGGCCUGAAAUAGACCGUGCCAGUGUUGAGGAGGCGAUGGCAUUGUGGAGUGGACCGACGGCGCCGGAUGUUGUGUUUCUGGAGUCGGUCAAACUCCUUCAAUUGCUGGCCAUGUUUCAUCUAUAUUGCCCGUGGCACAAGGGCUCAUGCCGUGUGUCUGUGGAGUCCGUCUCCUAUCCAGCACAACUCUGUAAGUUGACGUUCGUAUGCGACAAGAAAUGCAAAUGGACGUGGCACACGACACUCGUGACCACGAACGUCUAUCAGUCGCGACUGCAGCAGCAACUCUUUCAUGCGAUGGUCACCACCGGCCUUACGUUCACGCUCCUCGACAACUUUUGUGUUGGUUUAGGGAUGUGCUCGGUGCACAAGCCCACGUUCUACAAGUUUAUGAGCACAGAACCUGGGGAGGCGGAGGGGUGGAAUGCCAAGGUCGUACGACAGGGCAUUAAAUAUUGCGAGUUUGCCAUUGACACUGUGAUGCGCUGUGGUGAGCCUGUGACAUUGAUGGUCGAUGGUCGAUAUGACUCUGCCAGAGGCGCGCAGCAUUGCACUAUCACCGCAAUGGAGUACGAGACUCGGCUUGUUGUGGGUGUGCACACUCUCCGUCCAAAGAUCGAAGACAAGGCGUCGAAUGCGCUUGAGGUGCCAGCCGUCGUGCAACUUUUGCGAGGGUUGAUGGAGAAGGGGUUGAAGAUCUGGUGCGUUGUCUCGGAUGAUUGUGCCGCGCUGGGACCGCAGUUGCGAGCUCUGAACAUCGAGUGGCAGAAGGAUUGCCACAACAAAAUAAAAAACAUUCGCAAGCACUUCCACGGUAUGCUGCAACUGAAGGAAGCGAAGAAAGUGAGUAACCCGCAUGAGUAUGUGUCAGAGGCGCAAUUUAUGCAGUUCACGAAGAAGCGGUUGAAGGAGGCGUUGGAGCAGCGUUUCGGACCUGACGUCCUCACACCUGUUGAGGACCGUAUGAAGAAAUCGGAUUUCGUCGCUGUCGUGAUGCGGAAGAUGUACCCCUACGGAUCGAGGUCGAACGCUCGAGCGUUGGAGACUGAUCGUGACGGCUUGACAGAGUAUCAUGCGCAUGAGGUUGGGAUGUGGUUCCUCCGCGCUUGUCUGCUGUGCACGGAGGAGGGUGGAGACGCUAGCAGUCUACACCGCGACAUCAUGUUAGUCGUUGAUCAUUGGGUUGGUGAUCAUUCGGGAUGUGUCGGCGGUAGCCUGAGGGAGGUUUUGUGCGAGAAGGCAGGUGGGCCUGCACGAUUGCCUUUGGAUAGCCGCACGGACACGGUCUACGAGCUCGUUCUGUGUGUUCUCGGGAAACAAUGCAGCACUAACAUCACGCCGUACUACGUCGAGUUUCGACACACAUCGGCGGUGGAGACUUUUCAGGGCACCAUCAUCAUAUAUGCGAAGAAGUCGGUGCAUUUCGAGAAGUCUUAUUGUGCGCGUCUAUCGAUCGCAGUGAUUCAUGGAACAGUCACUGCUGGCGCGACCCAGUCGGGUACGUUGCUCGCAUAGCUGCGGGCACUUCCAUACAUACGAGAUCGGGCUUCCGUCG